CUGGGCUCCCCGAACUCCGACAAUCAAUUCGGUGAUACUCCCCCGGGCCCGGCGUUCCGUAUGCCCGCCCUCCCCGGACCACGCGUUCCGUAUGCCCGCCCUCCCCGACCCGCGUUCCGUAUGCCCGCCCUCCCCGGGCCCCGCGUUCCCUAUGCCCCGCCCUCCCCGGGCCCGCGUUCCCUAUGCCCGCCCUCCCCGGACCCCGCGUUCCCUAUGCCCGCCCUCCCCGGACCCCGCGUUCCCUAUGCCCGCCCUCCCCGGACCCCGCGUUCCGUAUGCCCGCUCUCCCCGGACCCCGCGUUCCCUAUCCCCGCUCUCCCCGGACCCCGCGUUCCCUAUGCCCGCUCUCCCCGGACCCCGCGUUCCCUAUGCCCGCUCUCCCCGGACCCCGCGUUCCCUAUGCCCGCUCUUCCCCGGACCCCGCGUUCGCUCCCGCUCUCCCCGGACCCCGCAUUCCCUAUGCCCGCUCUCUCCCCGGACCCCGCAUUCCGUAUGCCCGCUCUCCCCGGACCCCGCAUUCCGUAUGCCGCUCUCCCCGGA